AUGACAAACCCCAAUGCCGGAGCAACUUUCAAGCCGGUGAGUGGCACCAAGGAUGUGCCGACCGACCCCGACUUCCCUGAGCGCACCGUUCACCUGCCUGGUGUUCCGAGGGAACUGGUUGAGCACUCACUCCAUGUCUGGAAAGGCGCUAAGCCGGUAAAACAAGCUCUGAGACGCUUUUCUGAUGAGAAGAGAAAGACCAUCUGGGAAGAAAUCGUAAGGCUCAUAGCAGCCGGCUUCAUCAUGGAAGUCUUACAUCCAGAUUGGUUGGCCAACCCGGUUCUGGUGGAAAAGAAGAAAGAAGAGAAUCUCAACAUCGAGAAGAUCUGGCGCAUGUGUAUCGACUACACCAACCUGAAUAAGGAAUGCCCCAAAGAUCUGUUCCCACUACCUCGCAUUGAUCAAGUGAUCGAUGCCACUGCCGGCUGUGAGCUGUUGUCUUUUCUUGAUUGUUACUCUGGUUUUCACCAGAUCCCUCUGAACCGUGAUGAUCAAAUAAAGACAUCAUUUAUCACCCCGUACGGGGCUUAUUGCUAUGUCACUAUGCCGUUUGGAUUGAAAAACGUAGGCGCAACUUACCAAAGAUGCAUGCAGAAAUGCUUGCACGACCAAAUCGGGGUCAACGUACAAGUGUAUGUCGACGAUGUCAUCAUCAAAACCAAACAGAGUCACACUCUGAUUGCUGAUUUGAAACAAACAUUUGAUAACCUAAGACGGUAUCGCAUGAAAUUGAACCCAACCAAAUGCACUUUCGGUGUGCAAGGCGGAAAGUUGCUAGGCUUUCUCGUCUCAAGCCGGGGCAUUGAGGUGAACCCGAUAAAAAUCAGCGCUAUAGAAAGAAUGACUCUGCCGACAUGCUUGAGAGAUGUCCAGAAAUUCACGGGUUGCCUAGCAUCCCUAAGUCGAUUCGUGAGUCGGCUUGGCGAGAAAGCGCUGCCGCUAUAUCAGUUGAUGCGCAAGUCAGACAACUUUGUCUGGACUAAAGAAGCGGACGCCGCAUUUCAUGAGCUCAAGAAGAUGCUGUCUACAACCCCCAUAUUAGCUUCACCACUAAGUAGAGAACUAAUGCUCCUCUACAUCGCAGCAACAAACCGGGUUGUUAGCGUGGUAAUUGUCGUGGAACGAGAGGAAAACGGCGAAAAAAUUCAACGGCCAGUUUAUUACCUCAGUGAGGUGCUCUCUAAUUCCAAACAAAACUACCCAAAUUACCAAAAGAUGGUUUAUGGCGUCUACAUGGCGGCCAAGAAGUUGAAGCAUUACUUCCAGGAGCAUGAAAUGAGGGUUGUGUGCAAGGCCCCGAUAUCGGAGAUCAUAGGCAACAAGGACGCCAGUGGCCGGAUUGCCAAAUGGGCUAUUGAGUUGGCUCCAUACACCCCAAGCUACGAGCGUAGAGAUGCCAUCAAGUCGCAAGCAUUAGCCGACUUCUUCGUCGAUUGGGCCGAAAUUGAAUAUGAGCCGCCCAUGCCGGAUCUGGAUUAUUGGGUGAUGCACUUCGAUGGAUCCAAGACAAAGCAGGGCCUUGGAGCCGGCAUAGUGCUCACUUCGCCAAAGAAGGACCAGCUGAAGUACGUGCUGCAGAUCCAUUUCAAAGCAUCAAAUAAUGUUGCUGAGUAUGAAGCACUUGUCCAUGGGCUCAAGGUGGCAAAAGAUGUCGGCAUCCGCCAGAUUGAAUGUUUCGGUGAUUCCGAUCUGGUGGUCCAACAGUGCUCUGGCACAUGGGACGUCUUGGAUCCGAACAUGGCUUUAUACCGGUUCCAUGUACAGCAAGUCAACAGUCUUUUUGAGGGAUGCGAGUUCAAGCACAUUCCAAGAGCAGGCAAUGGGGCGGCGGACAUGCUCUCUAAACUUGGUUCAUCUCGAGAAGCCGUCCCGCCCGACAUCGCAUUGGAAUACCUCUGGAAGCCCUCUAUCAAGCCGGAUCCGAAUUCAACGUCCAUCACCAUGAUGGAUGACUCUGGCCCGGGAGAAGCUCCGAUGGAGAUGGACACUAGCCAAGGCACGUCCGACAAGUCGAACCCGGGGACUGCUCGUCCGAACUCGGGGACUGCGCAGUCCAUGUCCAUCUUCAGCACACCAUCAGAUACAGGGAACCCGGCACACGGAGUCUCCGCUGAAAUGUUGCAAGCUAUCUCGGAUUGGGUUGAUAGCAUCUCCCCAAACCCGAGGACUGCUCGUCUGAACCCGGGGACUGCUCGUCCGAACCCGAGGACUGCGCAGUGCAUGCCAGUGGCUACAAGAAGCAUGCGAGCGAGGCAGCCAGAGCCAGCUCAAGAUUCAGCACCAAUCCAUGACGAGCCAAUGUCGGACGCAGCAGCUGAGAUGCAAGAUGACCCGAUGGACGCAGACCAACCACUCACCUUACGACACCCUGUGCCGGCUUGGGGUCAAGAAAUUAUGGAAUACAUACUCAAUGGAAACCUCCCAGAGGAUAUCAUCCUAGCAAGGCGAGUGCAGAACCGUUCCAAGUCUUAUACCAUCAUCAAUCAAGAGAUGUACAAGAGAAGUGUAACCGGUGUGUUCCAAUGCUGUGUUGAGGCAGCAGAAGGCAGAGAAAUCCUCACAGAGAUACACCAAGGAGAGUGUGGACAUCAUGUCUCCUCUCGCGCCCUAGUUGCUAAGGCAUUCCGGCACGGGUUCUAUUGGCCAACAGCGUUGCAAGAUGCUGAGGAUAUCGUCCGGUGGGUGGAGGUGAAGCCGAUCAAGAAAUGUGACGGCCACACUGUUGUCAAGUUCAUGAAGGACAUUGUCCUCCGGUAUGGAUAUCCACAUAACAUCAUCACUGAUAAUGGUUCUAAUUUCGCCGAAGGUGCCUUCCCUCGAUUCUGCCGGGAGAAAAGCAUACAGCUGGAUAUCGUUUCAGUGGCACACCCAGAGGCCAAUGGCCAAGUUGAAAGGGCCAAUGCCCUCAUUCUAGCCGGCAUGAGGCCCAGGCUGAUAACUCCAUUACAGCAGACGCCGGGUUGCUGGCUAGAUGAACUCCCAGCCAUCAUAUGGGGUCUUAGGACCACUCCCAACAGACCAACCAUGUACACUCCAUUUUUCAUGGUAUACGGAGCUGAGGCUAUGCUACCGUCCGACUUGAUGCACGACUCCCCAAGAUCUAGCCUUUUCACUGAGUAA